AAUGACACCCAAGGAUGGAUUGUAGACCGUUCCUUUGAUAUAUCUUUGAUAAUUUAUUAUUUAACACCUAUUUCCUUGAAAAGGACCACAAUCCGUAUGGUCGAAACGUUGGAAUCUAACUAAUAAAGACAUCUGCCAGCCUAUCGUCGUUGAACAAUUCUUUCUACCGAAGAUAAUUGUUUUUCAUAGUUUUUGGGAACUGAAUACGAAAUUUCUAAACAAUGGCAGCAAAAGCAAUUCGAGAAGCAACUGGGAAGGAUUUAAUCAAUCGUAAGCUUCCUAUUGGAACAAAGGCAGCAAAAUGUAGAUUUGUACUUAUUACGGAAAGUACAAACUGGAUUGAUAUUGUCAACGAAUAUCCAUGGCUCAAAACAGAAAGAUUAGUUGUUAAGCCAGAUCAAUUAAUCAAGCGACGGGGAAUACUCGGAUUAAUUAAAGUAAAUGCAGAUUUAAGUACGGUACAAAAAUGGAUUGAGCAACACAUGAACAAAGAGCAACGCAUUGGCAAGACAGUCGGAAAAUUAAAAACAUUUAUAAUUGAACCGUUCAUACCGCACAAACCGGAAGAGGAAGCUUAUGUCUGUAUCUAUUCUCAUCGCACAGCUGAUACAAUAUUAUUUCAUCAUCAAGGAGGCAUUGAUAUCGGAGAUGUCGAUGCAAAAGCUUUAAAAUUAGAUAUACCGGUUGGUGGUGAGAUACCCGAUCGGUCUACAUUGAUUAAUAGACUUUUGACAUAUGUGAUGGACGAUAAAAAAGCGGUGAUCGCUGAAUUCAUAGAAUCUCUCUAUAAACUUUACGUUCACCUAUAUUUUACAUACUUGGAAAUCAAUCCGCUGGUGAUAACGGACACGGCAAUUUAUAUUCUCGACCUUGCCGCCAAAUUAGAUACUACGGCGGAUUUUAUAUGUAAACCAGAUUGGGGAGAAAUCGAUUACCCGCCGCCAUUUGGAAGAGACGCUUAUCCGGAGGAAGCCUAUAUAGCUGAUUUGGAUGCUAAAUCAGGCGCCAGUUUAAAGCUGACGAUACUUAAUCCAGACGGUCGCAUAUGGACUAUGGUUGCUGGCGGUGGUGCGUCUGUGAUAUAUUCAGAUACAAUUUGCGACUUGGGAGCAGCUGGUGAAUUGGCCAAUUAUGGUGAAUACUCUGGCGCUCCUAGUGAACAACAAACUUACGAAUACGCAAAAACUAUAUUGAGUUUGAUGACAAAAACGAAGCAUCCUGAUGGAAAAGUACUUAUUAUAGGAGGAGGAAUUGCCAAUUUUACAAAUGUAGCUGCGACAUUUAAAGGCAUUGUUAAGGCCUGUCAAGAAUAUCAGCCUAAGCUAGUGGAACAUGAUAUAAGAAUUUUUGUAAGAAGAGCUGGGCCUAAUUUUCAAGAAGGAUUAAGGAUUAUACGAGAAGUUGGUAGACGUUUAGGAGUUCCUGUUCAUGUGUUUGGCCCUGAGACACAUAUGACAGCUAUAUGUGCUAUGGCACUAGGGACGAAACCAAUACCCGAUCCAGAAGCUCAAGAAUUUUCAACUGCAAAUUUCCUUUUACCUUCUGGACAAGAUGUUGAUCCACCAUCCAAGAAUGUACAUUUAUCAUCGGAGCAGUGUAAUUUGAAAACUGCAGACGCAGUAGAUUCAAGUGAUGAUGGCAGACAACUUUUCAGCAAUAAAACAAGAUCCAUUAUUUGGGGUAUGCAAACAAGAGCGGUGCAGAGUAUGUUGGAUUUCGAUUUUGUUUGCCGAAGAUCCGAACCGUCCGUUGCUGCUAUUGUUUAUCCUUUUACUGGCGAUCAUAAACAAAAAUUUUAUUGGGGUCAUAAAGAGGUUCUUAUUCCUGUUUAUAAACAAAUGAAAGACGCUAUGGCUAAACAUAAAGAUGCAGAUGUAAUGAUCACGUUUGCCUCUUUAAGAUCUGCUUACGAAAGCACCAUGGAAACACUGCAAUUUCCACAAAUUAGAACAAUUGCCAUAAUUGCGGAAGGUAUACCUGAAAAUAUGACUAGAAAAUUGAUUUUAUCGGCGCAACUGCGGAAUGUGACUAUAAUUGGACCGGCAACUGUGGGAGGUGUGAAACCAGGCUGUUUCAAAAUCGGUAAUACCGGUGGAAUGAUGGAUAAUAUUUUGCAUAGUAAAUUAUACAGACCUGGCAGUGUUGCUUAUGUUUCUCGUUCUGGUGGCAUGUCAAACGAAUUAAAUAAUAUAAUCUCCAAAGCUUCUAACGGUGUAUUAGAGGGAGUCGCCAUUGGUGGAGAUCGUUAUCCAGGAACCACUUUUAUGGAUCAUAUAAUGCGUUAUCAAAAAAAUUCAGAUGCGAAACUAAUUGUAUUACUCGGAGAAGUCGGUGGUGUCGAAGAAUAUGAAGUAUGCGAAGCAUUAAAAACAGGCAGAAUUACAAAACCGUUGAUAGCUUGGUGCAUUGGUACCUGCGCCAGCAUGUUUAAUUCUGAGGUGCAAUUUGGCCACGCUGGCUCUAUCGCAAACUCCAAUCUUGAAACGGCUUCUGCCAAAAAUGCAGCGUUGAUGACUGCCGGUGCAUACGUCCCAAAUAGUUUUGAUAAUCUUGGUGAUCUUAUACAGACUGUUUACGAACAAUUGGUAAAGGAUGGCACAAUAGUGCCGGAACCCGAAGUUCCAGUGCCAACAGUACCAAUGGAUUAUGGCUGGGCAAGGGAACUUGGUUUAAUACGCAAACCUGCAUCAUUUAUGACAUCAAUUUGUGAUGAACGUGGUCAAGAAUUAUUAUAUGCUGGUAUGCCUGUAACUGAAGUUCUGAAGCAAAAUGUGGGUAUUGGUGGCGUUGUCUCACUUUUGUGGUUUCAACGUUGCUUACCCCCUACUUAUUGUAAAUUUUUGGAAAUGUCACUGAUGCUCACAGCUGAUCAUGGCCCAGCUGUUUCCGGAGCUCACAAUACUAUUGUCUGCGCGCGUGCUGGAAAAGACUUGGUUAGCUCGCUUGUUUCGGGACUUCUGACAAUUGGAGACCGUUUUGGUGGUGCCUUGGAUGGUGCAGCUCGUAUGUUUUCCGAGGCGUACGACACUGGUUUACAUCCACAAGAAUUUGUAAAUAAUACACGCAAAAAAGGCGAACUGAUCAUGGGUAUUGGUCAUCGUGUUAAGUCAAUCAACAAUCCAGAUAUGCGUGUAAAACUUAUCAAGGAAUUUGUAUUGGAGAAUUUUCCGGCAAAACCUUUGGUUGAAUAUGCUCUAGAAGUUGAAAAAAUAACGACCAGCAAAAAGCCUAAUUUAAUUCUUAAUGUGGAUGGUAUUAUUGCUUGCUCCUUCGUCGAUAUGCUGCGAAAUAGUGGUAGUUUUACGAGAGAAGAGGCACAAGAAUAUAUUGAAAUAGGUGCUAUAAACAGUUUGUUCGUCCUCGGUCGAAGUAUAGGAUUUAUCGGACAUUACAUGGAUCAGAAAAGGUUAAAGCAAGGACUGUACCGCCAUCCGUGGGAUGAUAUUUCCUAUGUACUACCUGAACAAUACAAUUAAAUCAUUAAAUAAUGCAUAAUACCAUAAUAUAUAACGCUUAAUGCCUCAUCGUUAAUCGCUCAGUCCAAAGACCGUCUUAAAAAUAAAUACGAGAUAUAGGAAAGCAUUAAUUGUCAAUUUGGAUUAUUGGUAUUAAUCAAUUAUUAAUUGAAAGUAAUAUAAAUGAUAGUAAUAUGCAAAAUUGGACUGUGAAUCAUAUUAUGCACUAAAAAUACUAUAUUCUUAUUUUUGAAAACAAAUUUAUUAAUUUUAAUUUAUAACAAGACUAAUCACUUGUAAUUAGAAAAUUCUAAGAUGCACAUUGUGAAAAGAUAUUCAACAAUAUAAUUAGAAAUAACUAUAACAAUAUCUUUAUAUAAUUCAGUAUAAAGGAAUAAAUUCUUUAAAACGUCUGUCAAAUACAUUCCAUUAAUAUGCAUUUUCCUUCAAGUAGACUAAACGAAGAAAUUGGAAUGUUAAACGAUUUAUUCUAAUUAGCUAACAUGAUUUCAAUCGUAACUAUUGUUAAGUAAGAACAUUAUUGUAACUACUAAUUACUAUUGUUAGUCAUAUGAUUAUUACAAUAAUCAUAUACUACUAAUCACAUGCACAAUUUUAAUUAUAUGGAUUAUGAAGAAAGUAGUAAAUAUAUAUUUAUGAAUGCUGCUUAA